CUCUGCACACCUGAUACCUAUUUUCCUUGGAGUGACGUCACCCUUAAUAAGAAAAUGCGGGUCGUCGUGCAGCAGCGCUUUAACUCCUCUGUGUGGGUUGAUGGUUCCUCCUGGAGACCGGUCUUCCGUCAUGUUCCAGGUCAGCACUGACGCCCCGCCCUGUCAGGAUGACAGGUGGCUGUGUGGGGAGGACUCUGGAGGAGGUCUGUCCCUAGCGGAGGCCCUGCUCCCCCUGGUGCCCUCCUCCUCCUCCUCUGCGCCCCUGGUUUGCUCCACCAGGUACAAGACGGAGCUGUGCAGCAGCUACUCCUCCUCCGGCCUCUGCAAGUACGCGGACCGCUGUCAGUUCGCCCACGGCCUCCACGAGCUACACGCCCCCUUCCACCACCCCAAGUACAAGACGGAGUUCUGCCGCAGCUUCCACUCCACGGGCGGGUACUGCUUCUACGGAAGCCGCUGUCUGUUCGUGCACAGCCCCGCGGAGCAGCGCCACGCGCCGCGGCGCCGCAGGAGCGUCCAGUGCCGGACCUUCCGCGCCCUCGGAGUCUGCCCGUUCGGGUCACGGUGCAACUUCCUGCACGGUGAGGUGGUCGGAGACGCGGAGGAGGAGGAGGAGGAGGAGAAGCCUCCCGCCCCUGAGCGGCCGCGCGCUCCCGCGUGGAGGCCGCGCGGCGCGCUGUGCCGCUCCUUCAGCGCCUUUGGGUUCUGCCUGUACGGCACGCGCUGUCGCUUCCAGCACGGCCUGCCCAGCAAGAUCCGAACCUGCGGAGCCGAGUGUCCUCUGCCGUCCCCAGGAGCCUCCUCCGAUGGUCCAUCCUCCCCCUCGUCCUCGUCUCCUCUCGACACCCCGUCCUCGGAGGUCCCGGUCCACAACGCCUUCACCUUCUCCAGCCAGCAGCUGAGCGACCUGAUGCUGCCGCUGGCCCUCCACCUGCAGCACCUGGAGAGCUCCAAGGCCCAGGACAUCUGGGACCACAGAGCACUCUGACUUUUAACGGUUCCGUUUUUUUACUUUAUUUUUUAACUUUAUUUUUUUAAGCUACAGUAAAUGGCUUUACAUCAGAUUAGCAUCUGUUAAUCUUUAUUUGUAUGUUUUUGAAAUCCUGUGGAUGAACUUGGACUUAAUAAUGCUAAUAAAUUUUUAAGCAAG